AUGAAUAUCGCACAACCUGUCGCCUCCGGGGUGGAGAGUGUCGAGUUUACGUUCCUGUCGCCAAAGGAGAUCCGAUCCAUUUCGGUGAAGCGAAUCGAGAACGACAGUACCUUCGACAACCUCCUCAAUCCAGUACCAGGCGGCCUGUACGAUCCUGCGCUCGGUUCUUGGGGUGAUGCGCCAUGCACAACUUGUAACUUGAACCAGUCUACGUGCCCCGGCCAUGCCGGACACAUCCAACUCCCCGUCCCUGUCUAUCACCCAGUAUUUAUGGACCAGGCCUAUCGACUCCUCAAAGCCGCCUGCGUCUACUGCAAGGGCUUUCGACUCCCCCAAAAAGAAUUGCACAAGUAUGUGUGCAAGCUGAAGCUCCUCCAGCAUGGCUUGAUUCAGGAAGCGCACAUUGUUGGCGCCAUUGGCGAGAAUGACCUAGCCAUCGAGCUGGGUGACUUUUCAGGACUGGAAAGUGAGGCUGAGGAGGAGGGUGACAGCAAUUCCAUCGACAACGUCACUCGCGCAAGAGACAGAUAUGUCGACAAGUGUCUUCGCGGCAUCAAGGUCAAGCGAGGCGAAACGAAGCGAGGAAAACACGAGGGCGCAAGCGAAAUGCGACGAGAGAUCAUCAAGGAAUUUCUUGCCGAGAUCACCAAGAGGAGAAUAUGCGCCAGCUGUGGCGGUAUCUCCCCAUCCUAUCGCAAGGAUCGCUUUGUCAAGGUUUUCGAGAGAUCCUUGUCAGACAAGGAGAAGGCCAAGAUGGCUCAGAAGAACUUCAAGCAAGCCGACGCCAUGGCGAGAGUUCACCAAGCUACGACAAAGCAGAGGCCGGACGGAUAUUCAUCCGAUGAGGGUGUUGCGGAUGUGGGCUCACCAACUCGCGAAAAGGCACAGGCUGAUGAGGAUGGUGCUGAUCAAGAUAUCGACAUGCCCGACGCCGACACCGCUGCUGCUGCCGUCCCGCAGAGGUACAUCAGUGCGAUGGAAGUCCAAGCACGCCUGAACGAGCUUUUCACCAAGGAACAGGAACUAAUGGCUCUUCUUUACAACGCCAAGCCCGCAACACGAAGCUCCUCCAAGGUUACUCCGGACAUGUUCUUCCUGACGAUCCUCAUGGUACCGCCCAACCGAUACCGUCCAGAGGCUCGUACGGGCGACUCCCAAAUCUCGGAGGCUCAACAGAACUCGCUGUACAAGAACAUUCUUAGAGGUUGCGGAAGAAUUGCCCAACUUCAUGCGCAUCUCCAGGAAGAGCGAGCAGAUGUCAACCAGCUUCACCAGGCCUGGACCGAGUUGCAAGAGUCAGUCAACGCCCUCAUUGACAAGGAUAAGAACCCAGUUCAGGGCGCCGCGGCAAAGCGCAAUGAAGACGGUAUCAAGCAGAAGCUUGAGAAGAAGGAGGGUCUGUUCAGAAAGAACAUGAUGGGCAAGCGAGUCAACUACGCCGCUCGAAGUGUCAUCUCGCCGGAUCCCAACAUCGAGACCAACGAAAUUGGUGUUCCGCCUGUGUUCGCCAAGAAGCUCACAUAUCCCGAACCGGUGACCAGCCAUAAUUUCCGCGACAUGCAGCAGGCCGUCAUCAACGGCGUGGACAAGUGGCCCGGCGCUUUCGCGAUCGAGAAUGAGAACGGACAAAUCGUCAACCUUCGAAACAAGUCCGUUGACGACCGCGUGUCACUGGCAAACCAGCUUCUCGCUCCUACAAGCAGCAACGCCGCUCGAACCAGGAACAAGAAGGUCUAUCGCCACCUCACCAACGGUGAUGUUGUCUUGAUGAACCGUCAGCCGACCCUGCACAAGCCGUCCAUCAUGGGACAUCGAGUACGAGUUCUGCCGAAUGAGAAGACGAUUCGAAUGCACUACGCCAACUGUAACACCUACAACGCCGAUUUCGAUGGUGAUGAAAUGAACAUGCAUUUCCCCCAGAACGAAGUUGCCCGAGCGGAAGCUCUUCAGAUUGCCGACACCGACCAUCAGUACCUGUCCUACACCGCAGGCAAGCCCCUCCGAGGUCUCAUUCAGGAUCACAUUUCCGUGUCCGUCGCCCUCUGCAACCGAGACACGUUUUUCAGCCGCGGUGACUAUCAACAGCUGGUGUACAACGCCUUGCGCCCUGAAAGCGGACACAUCGUCGGCGAGAGGAUUGAGCUUGUCGCCCCAGCCGUGAUCCGACCAGUUCCCAGGUGGACUGGCAAGCAAGUCAUCACCACUAUCCUCAAGAACAUGCAGCCACCCAACUGUGGCGGUCUUUGCAUGAGGGCAGAGACUCAGAUCAAGGCCAGUCAGUGGGGUAAAGACUCGGAAGAGGGUGUCGUUCUAUUCCAGGAUGGCGAAUUCAUUACUGGAAUCUUGGACAAGUCGCAGAUUGGUCCCAGUUCGGGUGGUGUUGUCCACGCUGUUCAUGAGAUUUACGGUCCUGCUAUUGCAGGCAAGCUGCUCAGCAGUCUCGGCAGAUUGCUGACCAGGUACCUCAACGUGCGAGCCUUUUCCUGUGGUAUGGACGAUCUGCGACUCACCCCCGAAGGAGAGAAGGCCCGACGAGAAGCGCUUGUACCUGCCAACACAGUCGGUCUCAAGGUCGCUUCGUCGUACGUCUCUCUGGAGCAGAACCCUGGUCCCCGUGAUCCCCUGCUUCUUGAGCGUCUCGAGGAGGUUAUGCGCGACGACAGCAAGCAGGAGGGUCUCGAUCUUCUGAUGAAGGAGGGUCUCAGUGGCAUCACGGACAAGGUUCAGACUGCAUGCGUUCCCAACGGUCUGGAAAAGCCAUUCCCCAAGAACCAGAUGCAGGCCAUGACAACAUCUGGUGCAAAGGGAUCCCGAGUCAACGCAUCCCUGAUUUCUUGUAACCUUGGUCAGCAGGUUUUGGAAGGCAGACGUGUACCUAUCAUGGUCAGCGGCAAGUCGCUGCCAUGCUUCAACCCAUUCGAGACUCAUGCUCGAGCGGGCGGCUACAUCGUGCAGCGCUUCUUGACUGGCAUUCGCCCUCAGGAAUAUUACUUCCAUCACAUGGCUGGCCGAGAAGGUCUGAUCGAUACAGCUGUCAAGACAUCCAGAUCCGGAUAUCUGCAGAGAUGUGUCAUCAAGGGCAUGGAGGGCCUGACCGUCGCCUACGAUACUACCGUGCGAGAUGCUGAUGGCUCCAUGAUCCAGUUCCUAUAUGGAGAGGAUGGUCUUGAUGUGACCAAGCAAAAGUAUCUGAACGACUUCAGCUUCAUUCUGGAGAACGUCACCUCCCAGGCUGCUCAGCUUAAGUACGACCCUAGCAUUGGAGAUCGACUCGGACAGCACCGAGAAGCCAUCGCCAAGUACAUGAAGAAGGCCCUCAAGCAUGUCAAGGCCCAUGACCCCAAAGCUCAGGACCCACUCUCCAGCAUGUUCAACCCGGCGACCACUGCCUUUGCUACCUCAGAGAACUUCUAUCAAGCCAUGACCUCCUAUCUCAAGGAAAACAAGGACGGUCUGGUGCGGGACAAGUCGGACAAGAAGAAGCUCGCUCUUUCUCGCGUUAGUCUCAACAGGAAGAAUGCCGAGAUGUUGUUUGCGAUGAAGUACCUACGAUCUCUUGUCGAGCCUGGCGAGGCUGUCGGUAUCGUGGCAGGCCAGUCUGUUGGUGAGCCUUCAACACAGAUGACACUGAACACGUUCCAUUUGGCUGGUCACUCGGCCAAGAACGUCACUCUGGGUAUUCCGCGAUUGCGAGAAAUUCUCAUGACUGCUAGUGACAAGAUUUCUACGCCAGCCAUGUCCCUUUACCCGAUUGAUGAGAUGUCCACGGCGGACGCGGAGACGUUUGCCAAGUCCAUCUCGGUUCUGCCUCUGGGCUACAUUCUGGAUAGCAUCUCAGUCGAGGAGAAGGUUGGACGUGGCAAGAUGUACGGUUCCGCCAAGGUUUACCGGGUUGACCUCAAGUUUUUCGCCUCCGAGGAGUACACGAAGACGUAUGCCAUCAGUGUCUCGGACGUCAUGGACGCCGUUGAGCGAAAGCUGCUCCACCGUCUUCUUUCUCUUGUGAAGAAGGACAUUAAGAAGCGACGGAGUCAGUCUACCAUGGCCACGCCUGAGAUCGGUGUCAAGGCCGGCGUGGUGGAAACGGCGGCACCUAAUGCCGAAGCCAUCCGGGAUGAGGACGACGAUGAUGACGAAGGCGAUGACGAUGCCACAAAUGCCAAGCAGCGGGCUAACCGGACCGAGGCGGUAUCCUACGGCCCCAACGACGACGACGAUGAUGCUGUUCAGCAGGAGAUGGCACGUGACGCUACUGAUGACAUGGACGAGGACGAAGGCAUCGGAGGUAGCCCGCGUAUGGCCCCUGUCGAUGAUGAUGAUGAUGAAGACGGCAUCGACUGGUCAGCAAAGGCACGAACCGAGCGCGUGCUGGAUUCAUACGCCGAAGUCACGGACUUUACAUUCGACGCAAAGAGUGGAAACGACUGCAGCUUCACCCUCGAGUUUGACUCGACUAUCCCCAAGGUCCUCAUGCUCAAUCUUGUGCAGGAGGCUGUCAAGAAGACGGUGGUUCAGGAGAUCUCCGGCGUGGGAGCCUGCACCUUUGUGGAAGAGAAGGGCGUCCGCGUCAUUCACACGGCGGGAGUGAACCUACAGGCGAUGCAAAGAUACAGCGAUUUCAUCGACCCCCAUCGAAUCCAGACCAACGACAUUGCGGCCGUGCUGGCAGUAUACGGUGUUGAGGCGGCUCGCAGCAACAUCGUCCAGGAGCUGGCUGGUGUCUUCGGAUCCCACGGCAUCAAGGUCGACAACCGCCACCUGAACCUGAUUGGCGACCACAUGACGAGGAACGGUGGAUUCACGCCGUUCAACCGAAUGGGUCUGAAGGGCAACGUCAGCCCCUUCACCAAGAUGAGUUUCGAGACGACACUGUCGUUCCUCAAGGAUGCCGUGCUCGACGGCGAUUGGGAUGACCUCGCCACGCCCAGCGGUCGGUCGGUGAUGGGCAAGCUUGGAAAGGUUGGCACAGGAGGGUUCGAUGUUUUGGCGCAGCUUCCUACAUACCAUGUUGAUUCUCUGGCGUAA